CUUGUCCCCUCUUUCACAUUUUUCUUAUUGUCUUCACUCUCUCUUAUUUCAAAUAAUUUUGAAUCCUCUUUUUAUCUAAUUGCCUUUGGAUUCCGAUUUCCAUACUCUCUCUCUCGUCUUCAUCUUCUUCCUAUUCAUCAGGUGAGCUAUCUAUUCUGGUCUUAAUUUAUUUAGUUUUGUGUCAAUUCCCCAGAUUUUGCUUCUAACCGUUGCUUAAGGUUUAUCCAGUCAAUUGCUGUUCCUGAUUUUUUCUUAUGGACCAGACUGCCAGCCGAGUCUUGAAAAUGAUUGAACAAGAUGGCGCGUCUUUAGCAAAGAAAGCUGAAAUGUGUAAAAUGACCAGGCCAGAUUUGAUUGCUGAAAUUGAGGAAUUUUGCAGCUUGUAUAGAUCAUUGGCUGAGCGCUAUGAUCAUUUGAAUGCAGAAUUGUACAAGAGUACACCAUCUGAGUUCCAGAUGCAGGAUGCUGGCAGUGCCCCUGACACUCCGAUGCUGACUCCUGAUCAAAAGCUGGGUUUGCACCAGACUGGCCAUCAAGUUGAAUCUGCGAGUUCAGGUGGUGCUAGUUCUGACCUUUCACCGAAAGAUGGUUCUGACUCUUCUUCAUCAUCAGACUCUGAAUCUGAUUCUUUCAACUCCUCUGGCGAUGCCUACUAUAGCCUUCCAGUGAACAGUGAUCGCAAGGGAUUUCACCAGAAGAUUAUAGAGCUGCGGAAUGGUCUCCCAAUCAUGGACAUAAAGCUCCAGUUGAAUGCAGAGGACAAUGGCGAUUGCAUGUUGGAUGCACAAGAAAAGGAAAACUAUGAAGAAUUGCUAGGAAGAAGCAUCAUGUACGAGGAAGAGUUGAGGGACUCGAAGCUAAAACUCCAGCUCUCAGAAGAGGAGGUUGCUAGGUUGAAGGGUGAGCUUGAGAAGAGAGAAUCUGAUAUGGUACUUGCAGAGACUUUGCAGGGUCAGCUUGAAUUGGCACAUACAGAUCUCAGAAUGAGAGAGGCAGAUCUCGAAGUAGAGAGAAUAAGAGUAAUGGAGCUGCAACAAGGAUUAGCUGACAGAACAAAUGAAUUGCAGGGCCAUCUUAAAUUGGCUCAAGAAGAAAUAAACAUGUUGAGGACCAAACUUGAUUCAGAGUUCUGGCAGGCUUUAGACUUGCAGGAGAGGAUUGUCCAGUACAAGAAUGAUGUGUCUGCACUUGAUGAUGAGGUCAAAGCAUCAAAGCUUGCACUACUUAAUGCUGAGGAGAAUUUCUUGGCUGAAAAAGCACAUCUGCAGUCUAAUAUAUCUAGCUUGUUAGAGAAAGAGACUAUGUUGGAGGCACGGCUAAGAGACUGGGAAUUGAAAGGCGAAUCCUUGGAGGAAAAAUUAAAGCAAUGUGAAACUGAGAAAAAGGAUUUGCAACUUGUAUAUGAUAUCCAAAGGAUUGGGCUGCAAGGAGAGAUCAGCGAACUAAAGGUGGAACUUGGAGACAAAGGUGGGCAUUUGGAAAUUGUAAAUAAAAACCUCGACAGCCUUAAAUUCAAGUAUGAUAUGGUUAUGGCAGAAAAAGAUGGGAUGAACGCCAAGAUAAACACACUAAUUGCGGAUUUGAGUUCAAGGGACAAUGAAAUCGGGCAAAUGGAGGAGCGCCUCAGGCGCAUCCGCAUUGAAAAUGCGGAGCUGAUUGCUGGGAGUGAAAGUUUGCAGAGGACAGUAAAUGAAUUAAGAUUGAGAGUAGUGGAGCUGGAGAAGGAAGUGGAUAAGCAAAGAGGUGAGCUUUCUGCUGGGGCUGAGGAGAAAAGGGAAGCAAUAAGGCAGCUUUGUUUCUCCCUGGAGCAUUACAGAAGUGGGUAUAAAGAACUGUGCCAAGCAUUUCACAAGCGGCAUGCAGUUAUGGCUUCAUAAGGCCUCGUAGCUUGGUGGAGGAGUAAAAUUUUCAUUCAAUACCUUGUUUAAUUAAUGCUUUACAUUAAAUAUUAUAUAAUGUGGAUGAAUAGCAUUAUGGUUUGUGGUUUA